AUGGCAGUAUGCACUGCUAUUCAAGGUGGAUUAUACUACAGUUCUAUUUGGCCUUAUUUGAGAUCGGUGAGUUUUUAAAUGGCAUUAGGGUUUCUAUGGCAAAUCUACAGCAAUAAAACCUUUUUUAGUUUUAACUAUUACUGUAGGUUACUGUAGCUCUAAAACACAAAUUUUAGCUUUUAUAAUGAAACAAGUAGAAUAAUAUAUUUGCUUUGAACUUUUUAAAAGCUAAACUUCUAUUUUUUAUACCUAAAAACAUAAAAUUUCAGCUAAACCCAGAGACAACUGAUAUAUUCCUUGGAUUUGUAAUGUCAAUGUACUCAUUUGGUCAGAUCUUAUCAGCUCCAUUAAUUGGCUAUACGGCGAACAAGAUAGGCACUAUUAGACCACCAGUAAUUGCUUGUAUUUUAUGUCAAAUUGUUGGUAAUGUCAUCUAUUUUUUGGCACAAGCAGCGCCACAAGCAUACGCAACUUAUGUCGUGGUAUUGUCAAGGUUUAUCCUUGGUAUUGGAUCAGGUGGGUGAAGAACUGUGGAUGGAAAAAGUGUGGGGGUAGAGUAGGGUAAGGUAUGGUAGGGUAGAGUAAAGUAAAAAAUGAGAAAAAAAUUUUUUUAUUAUUUUUAAACUAAAAAAUUAAAAAAAAUUUUUUUUUAAAAACUUAUAAUAAAAAUUUUUUUUAAUUGCCAUUUUAAAAUGAACCUACUAAUACAAUAAAUUUCAGUAAACCUAGUCCUUCUCGACACCUAUGCCUCUACCUCAAGUCUACCCCGCCACAAGUCUCGUACGAUCUCAAUGGUAACCGGUGGAGUAGCGAUGGGUAUCAGCAUUGGUCCAGGCACUCAACUCUUCUUCACACCCUUGGGCAAAAAAGGCAUCCAGUUCUUCAACACCACUCUCAAUGUCAACAUGUAUACAGCACCAGCUGUUGCUGCCAUUUUCUUUAACAUUAUCGCGUUAAUUUGCAUAUCUUGCAUCUUUGACGAGGUUUAUGCUGGUUUGAACAGUCAGCCUCGAGAGAAGCUGACUGAUACGCCGGCCAAGAAGUUGAAGAUUGACUGGAUUGCCAUUUUUGUUUGUCAUGCGACGGGAUUUGUUCAUUACUUUACUUUUAGUCAUGUUGAAACGUGGGUUUUUAUGAUCUUCUUUACCAUUUUUGAAAAAAAAAUUUAAAAAUUUGACUUGGUCCCCCCUGUUAAUUAAAAUUAAAAAAAUUUUUUUUUUCGAAAAAAUUUUAAAUUUAAAAAUUUUGGUUGAAAAGUAUGUUCAUUUUCAGGUUAGGAACAAACUUUGUGAUGACAGUAAUGGGCUACAGUGAAGAGGCCGCUAUUCAGUAUUAUUCUAUCUGCUUUACCCUACUCUCAGUAGUUGAACUAGGCUUCUAUGGUGUUUACGUGUUUGGAAAGCUGGAGAAGUAGUAAGUUACAUUACUUAGUCUUGCUGUUGUAUAUACGUAUAUAUUUCUUAAAAAAAGCAUUUUACCUACUACUAUAUAAGUUGUGCAAAAAAUUUUGAGCCACUAGCCUCGCAAAUUUUCUUUGAGAGAUGGCUCAGAAUUAUUUAAACAAACUAAUAUUUUCUCUUUGUCCUUACAGUAUAGUGUUUUAUAAUUUCAAAUCUUAAACCUACCUUACUUUAGUGGCUCCACUCGCUGCAAGUGCAUCCUCGGCCUCUUCGGCUUCUUCAUCUUUUACAUCUCCACCUUCUCAUGGGCAUUCCUACCAGGUGAGAUGCAAACCAUCACCAACUUCGACGUCCAGUCCUUCCGAAUGGGCAAUGGAACCGAGCCGGUCGGCUGCAACAUCGACCAGUAUUCAUGGUGCACCAGGGUGAAGCCAGUCAAUCCAUGGGUAUAUAUGACGGCACUCAGUGUUGUGAUUGGUCUGUCAUUUGGUAUCUUGAACACGACGUUGAGCACGUUGUUUUCUGACGUGCUGGGACCUAAGAAACAAGGUACUCAAAUGGGAUUCUUCCACAUGACAAGGAAUAAUGCACGAAUGUUGGGGCCGUUGGCUAUCACGUAAGUUUAUUUUGAAAAGCAAAAGCUAGCUUGGAUAAAAAGUAAUGAGCUGUUGAACUCCACAUAGUAAUAAGAAACUCUCGUAAGCCUAGUUUUACUAAAUACAUAAACGCUUCGAAGUUUUUAAAAAGUAUGUUAUGGUAGAAGUACUGUAACCUUUAAAAUUUUGUAAAUUUUUGAAUUUCGGUGUUUAAUCUUGUUGACAAUGUUAAUGAUCUAUAAUGUCACAAAAUUGCAAAACUUUAUUAUUGUUUUCGAAAACGUUAUGACACAAAAGGUCAGCUUUGUUUUCAAUUUCUAGAAAAUGCGUGCAGGGUACUGUAAACUUACUGUAACUUUCUUAAUUCUACGAAUUUUAAAAGUAAUUUAAGAAUCUUGUUGACAAUGUUAAUGAUCUAUAAUGUCGCAAAAUUUCAAAGCUCUAUCUCUGUUUUCAAAAAAGUUAUGACAAAAAGCCUCAACCAACCUUUGCUACCUACGAGAAUAUAAUUUUUCUCAAUUUUCAGCUCAAUUUACGAAAGUUUUGGCCCUCGUUUUGCCUGGCUCCUGCAACUGACAAUGUUAUCCUUCAAUCUGCUUGUGUUUUCCGUAUUUUAUAACCGAAUGGUUCCGAUGGCCUUCCCGAAACAUCAAACUCAUCCAGUCGAUGAUCAGGAACUCACUCCGACGACUCAGAAGCUCUGA